AUGAAGGCGGAGCCGGCCGGCCGCCCCUCCUCUGCGGCGGCCGUCGCGCAUUACUACUGGUCCAGCCCCUCACCGCCCCCUCCCACGCCCCGCGACCCGAUGCGUCUGGCGCCUGCGGGGCCGGCCGGGCGGCCGACAGAAGCCGCCUGCCGCAGCACGGCGGCGGUGGAGCAGCCUUCCCUCCGCUGGCCCCGCUCACGGACGCUGCACGCCCGUCUCGUUGCAGGUGGGGCUGCUGCUGGUGUCCACAGCGCUCGGCCUCCUGGCGGUGUUGGCGUGUUGGCUCAGGCGGUGCAGGUGAGUCCUUCUCGCACAACACUUUGCACGUAUAACAAUGUACGUUUAGGCAAAUGA